AUGUCAUAUUUUGUGAUCAUCGAUAUUCCAGUCAAUGCCAGUUGGAUACAGCAUGGAGUGACUGUUGCUGGAGGUUAUGAACGAGGCAGUGCCACCAAUCAACUUAACAAUCCUUCAGGCCUCUUCGUUGAUGAUGAUCAAACAAUCCUCAUUGCUGACACGUCCAAUCAUCGUGUCAUCCAAUGGAAAAUCGGUGAUACGAAUGGACAAGUAAUUGCUGGUGGUCAUGGCAAAGGAAAUCGAUCAGAUCAAUUGAAUUAUCCAACAGAUGUUUUGAUUAACAAAGAGACGGAUAAUCUUAUUGUCUGUGAUCGAGAAAAUCGACGAGUUGCACGAUGGUCUCGUCGUAGUGGUACAACUCAAGGUGAGAUUAUCUUCGACAACAUUCGUUGUUUCGGUUUAGCUAUGGAUGAUCAGAGAUAUCUCUAUAUUUCUGACAACUACAAACAUGAAGUUAGACGGUACCGUAUAGGAGACAAGAGUGGAACUGUCGUAGCUGGUGGCCAAGGACAAGGUGAUGGUUUCAAUCAACUCAACUGGCCAACCUACAUCUUUGUCGAUCGACAACAGAAUACCUACGUGUCGGAUACAGGAAAUCAUCGUGUGAUGAAAUGGAAUAAAGAUGCAACAGAAGGAAUCAUCGUUGCCGGAGGUUUAUCAAAUAAUGCAAAUGAUAUGAAUGAUAUUCAAUCAGCAAAAAAAGUUUUUCAUUUUUUAAUCAAAAUCUUAUCUAUAUUUGAUUGUGUUGUUGAAGAUACAAAUCCACCAAUUCCACAGGCUUCAAAAAUUAAUUUUUCAUCUAUUCCUGCAUCACCUCAACAAAUUAAAAAAAGCUUUGAAAAUAACACGAAUGACUCAAGUACUUUUCGAAAUAAUUCAUCAAUGACAAAAUUAUGCGAAUUAAUACGUGCAUCAUAUAAAAUACAUAAAAGUUUAUUAAAUUCAUCUGAAAAUGAUCAUUUUGGACAAUUACUUUCAACAAUAUCAAUGUGUAUGAAAUCAGUUUUAAAUCUUGUUUCUACACAAGAUUUGUCAUAA